UCCUCUUUCGGCCUCCUCCGUGGUCGAUAUUUUACCUUUCUCCUGCGCAUUUUAUGUUUUGGUAGGAUCGGGGGAGAGGAUCGGCAUCGAGAUCAAGGCCAAGGUCAGAUCCAUGGCGGAGACGCCGCCUCCUUUCCAGGAAGCAUCCCGCUGCGACGUCUGCAACUGUAGUUUCAACACCUUCCGCCGUCGGCAUCAUUGUCGACGUUGCGGCAGGACAUUAUGUCAUGAACAUUCUUCAAACUACAUGAUCUUACCACAAUUUGGCAUAUCUUCUGAUGUCAGAGUGUGCUCUGACUGUUUCAACGACUCUUCUAGGUUUCAGAAAGAUAAUAAACAGACUUCUCCGAAUACCUCCAAUGGUGCAGAGAACUCAUUUUCAAGAUUAACACUUAACGAGAAUGCUGUUUUAUUGGCUAAAGCAUCAGAAGAAUCUGCAGCACGUGUUCUGGAGUGCAAGUGUGGGAUGCCUUUGUGUAUAUGUGUAGCUCCAACACCAGAACCAGUUCCUAUACAGAUGCAGAAUACUACUAUCUCAAAAACCAAACCAAAGAAGGCUAGCAGCCAGAAAUCUACAGAAUCCAUGUCAAUGAAGCACGCUUCUACAUCUUCCAGGAAUCCAAGCCCGAUUUUUAACCAUAGUCAAGCAAGCAACCUUACAAUAGAUAAGGCUAGUGCAAAUUAUGAAGUCAGUGGAGAGGGGUUAAGAGAAGCAAUUAAGAAUAGUGAUGCUACUGCUGUCAAAGAACUUCUUAGUAAGGGUGUGGAUCCAAAUUAUUGUGACAAGCAAGGCUUAACGUUGCUACAUCUUGCUGCAGUUUUUAACCAGACUGAAAUAGCUUUCAUCCUCAUGGAUCAUGGAGCAAGCACAGAAUCCAAAAAUGCACAAGGCGAAACACCUGUGGAUUGUGCUCCCACCAUGUUGCAGUACAAAAUGCGCAAGAAAAUGGAGGAACUUGUGUCCAUCGGAUAAUCAAGAAAUUGUGUUUGAAAUUAAGACUUCUGAUGUUAACUAUGCUCAUUUCAUUCCCUGCUUCUGUUUUAUGCGAAGACAAUCAAGCAUGAUUAAAAAGCAGUGUGUCGGUAUGACAGAUACUUCUGUUGUAUAGAAUGCGUUUUUUCUCACUCUACUUGAAACAAUAAGUAAUAAUUCAACUACUUUGUGUAUUCA